AAAAGUAGUAACGCAACCUGAACUUUCAAUCCUUUCAAAUCACUUCAAGUACCCCAUACUUUAACUUUACUCCUCCAUUUUCUCUCGCUACUCUCUAUAUCCAUUUUUGGCAUACAAGGCGUAGCCAUGGGUUCAUCUGAAAACAGCAUUCAGUAUGAGGAAGUAGAUACUGAACAAAACGUCCUCCAGAAACAUGUUAUGUUCUUCGAUCGGAACAAUGACGGAAUUGUUUAUCCUUCGGAAACAUUUAAAGGUUUUCGUGCAAUUGGUUGUGGCAUUCCCUUAUCUACCUUUGCUGCCCUUUUCAUCAACGUUGGUCUCAGUGGCAAAACUAGACCUGGAAAAUUCCCUUCUCUACUCUUCCCCAUAGAAGUUAAAAACAUCCAGAAGGCCAAGCAUGGAAGUGACUCUGGUGUCUAUGACACAGAAGGAAGGUUUGUUCCUUCUAAGUUUGAAGAGAUUUUCAGCAAGCAUGCACACAACAAUUCUGAUGCUUUAACAUCAGAUGAAUUAAUGGGAAUGCUCAAGGCAAACAGGGUUCCCAAGGACUUUGGUGGAUGGCUUGCAGCCUACACAGAGUGGAAGAUUUUAUAUGUUCUUUGCAAGGACAAGAAUGGUUUGCUCCAGAAAGAUACGAUCAGGGCCGUUUAUGAUGGAAGCCUGUUCGAAAAGAUGGUGAAGGAGAAAGCUUCAUCUGGGAAACACCCGUAAACACCUUAAUUUUCAUUUAAAUUUUGUGGAUAUGUUUUGUUUUUAAUGUGCCUGAAGAUCUAUAGUUGGACUAAACAAUGAAAAUUUGUACUGGGAUGUUAUUUUCUGAUGCAGUGUUACUCCAGUGUGAAAAAUGGUAGAUUGUUAGUAUCGUCUUGUGGGAUUGCAACUCGCGGAUGUUU